AUGCGGGGUCAAGGUGGAGGCCACAAUUUUGCUAAACGCAAAUAUCUGCCACCAAAAGAAGGGGGACUAAAAAACCUGUAUUUAGCAUCCGAUGAAAACGCGGUGUCACGCUCGGCAACUGUUGACAUCUCGACAGAAGAUAUGGGGAUCUCCCUCUGCUUUCAGAUGCUUGUAAAAGAUACGUGGGGGCCUGAUGAUUAUUUAGACGGUGGUCCCCCUGACAAGGAGUAUCAGUCUGCAUCAAUGUCUACCGAGUUGCCUGCCAAAGAAAAGGAACAGAAACGCGAACUAUCGGUGUUGUCCUGUGCCCGAGAAGCCCUAAAACCUGUUCGAGUUUUCAGCUUCAAUCAUCACGUUCCCGUGAUAAAUUUGAGCGACGGCAUGAAUUUUUGCCUCUUUUUCGUAUCUGGUCACCUUGCUGUGAUUUAUGACGUAAAGAAAAACGCGCAACAUAUUCUACGUGGACACGUGAACACGAUAGUGUGCGCCUGCGCGAGCAAGGACCGUCGCUGGUUGAGCACAGGGGAUCGAGGACCGGAUAGUGCGGUGAUUGUGUGGGACGCGCGCAGCCGCACGCCGGUUCGCUGCCUCUUUACGAUUCACCGUGACGGCGUAAUGGCUGUCCGCCUUUCACCCGACGCGCGCUAUUUGGCCACUCUGAGCGCGGAUCCUACGCACCAGGUCCUUGCUGUGUGGGACUGGACCAGUUCUGCUGAGCACCCCCUCUGCUUUACUCAACUCGAAAGCGACAAACUUGGUGUUCAGGCGCACAUCGCCUUCAGGUCAGAUAAUUACUUCCAGGCCAUGUCCAAUAGCGAAACUCAUGUCGUGUUCUAUGAUUGGACAUUAGGGGGAUGCAUGACCUCCCACUCACCCCCUCUAUGUUCGUCAACUUUCCGGACAAACUACGGCAAGUUCGUUAUGUCUGCUUACGUUCCGGACACCGAUAUGGCAAUAACGGCAACUAACAGGGGCUACAUCGUUGUUUGGGAAAAGAGUCGGUGGACUAAAAAGGCUGAGUUUAUCAAUUAUUUAGACCUGAAGAAAUCACCUUGCUUUAGAGCUGCAACGAAGCUGAUUCCCUUGCAUCAGAUAGGAAUCACCUUCCUUACCAUAACUUCUUGGAUAGCAAUCGUUACAGGCGAUGAAAGUGGUCAGAUUCGAUUCUCCGACUCGGACUUUAACCUUCUUCAUUGGCAUCAUGAUCUCAAAUCCGGCCCGAUUUCGUCAGUCAGUUUUGCUGAGACAGGACUCUUUAAUGAUGGUUUGGAGGAAUCCAGUGCCCAAAAUAGUCAUAUAGACACUCUGGAUCCGAGAGUUACUUUUGCUACCGAGGAUUUCCUCAUCAGUACAUCCCAGGCCAUUAUACUGAGUCUCCAAAUUGAGGGGAAAGUUGUUAAGGCUAGUUCCGCAAUAGUACCCGUCCGCACGCGAAUGCUUGAGAAUCAGCAGCUGAAUUCUUGCGCUUUUGAUCCCUACGGGGGCUUUCUCGCCGUGGGUUGCACUUCCGGUCGUGUUAUAUUCCUUGAUGCCAUCACCUUGGAUGACACCAAGCAACCUCCUUUCGAUUACGCUAAAGGGAUUGUGAAGAAGAUCGCCUUUAGUUCCGAUAGCACCUACUGUGCCUACAUUGACACACAGCACUCAACCACGCUUCUGCGGAGGAAGAGCACCUGCAACUCUCUGGAUCGCGGAUGGGUCUUCUCCGGUCGAUACCGUGCGCACGGCGACAAUAUUGUGGACAUACUCUUCAAAACGUGCGACAACAAUGCCACCCCUAGGCUCUUUACACUGGGCGAAGACCGAAUGUUGAUAGAGUACGAUGUACUGAGUGCAAAGCACAACGUUCUUCCACUAAAGAGACGUAUCCAAGUUGAGCACAUUGCAAAGCCCCAGUGCUUCACCUCAAUGGGGGAUUUUUACUCUGAGAAUUUCAUCUGCUAUGCCAAUUCCGAUUCGAAAUUCCGACUCUUCGAUGUCGAUGCGUUGGCUAUUCGAAAAACUGUAAUGGCCCCCGUGAAGGGUGCUCCUUUCGUGCGCUUAGCAACUUUGCCAGAGAAGGAUGAUUUUCCUUCUCCUCCAUGCACACCAACCGUUGUGGAAAAGCCGUCUAACAAGAGCUGUUUGGUCUUUCUUACGAAUGAACAACUGGGGCUGGUUUUGGUUCCACUGGAUGGUGAUCCCUACAAGGCUGCAAAUAUAGUCGCCCACCCCUGUAAAGAGCACGGCACCGGGUACACCUCCGACCUUGCAGUCUCUCGGGACUUCCGGUUUAUCUUUACUGCUGGUGGCCCAGCCAACGCAAUGCACAUGUGGAGAGCUGAUCCGGGGGUUCUCGUUUCCCAAACGUAUCUGUAUUGCAAUCCAAUGCAACCAUUCUAUGAUAUGCUCACAGCGGAAGAAUUAAAUGAUAUGAAGGAUUACUUUUAUUUGUCUCUGCUGCGAGUUCAAGGGAUCUCCUGUACCCACACAAGGCUAACAUCAUACACGAUUCCUAUCACCGAGAUACCCUACCUCACGAGAGCAAUGGGUCUUUUCGUGGCUGAUGCUGACAUAGAAAACAUGAUGAAUGAAAUAAAAUAUUCAAGGUUUGGCUCCACAGGACGUUACGUCACUGAGUUUGACUUUGAUACAUUUGUUAAACUUUUUGUGAACUAUCGGGUACCGUAUGAUGGUGUUUCUCUAAGCGAUAUCCAGGCGGCAUUCAUGGCCAUAGUGGAGGCAGCAAAACCGCAUGAACCGCAUUGCCCAUUCUAUGAACUCUGUGGAGAGUAUCCAGAGCCAAAACUGCAGCAAACAAGUCUUCUGAGGUUGCUACAAACAGUCGGUGAGCCUAUCCGUCAUGAUGAACUGGUUGAAGCGUUGGCGGUGCUUCUAGGACUGGCGCCGAUUGCGGGAAAGGUGGAGGACGCUUGCGCUAUGAAGGAGCUGGAGGUUUCGAAGGAAAUCGAAGAUCGCCUUCUGACUUGUAUUGAACCCAGGGAAUUUUACAGAACUCUGCUUGCCAUGGAUGCAUGUGAUAGUGAUCCCCCUGAACUUUCUAAUUUCAGGCGCCAGGCAGAUGCCAAACCGCUGUCGUCGACAAGUGAAGUCUCAGUGGACUACAUUGGUAGGGGGUACCGGCUUGGCCCGGGAGCCAGCCUACCCGGCGAGAUACACUGGUCAAGACACAAAGCAAACUUUAAAACGCAGAGAAAGAGUGUUAAGGUUGAGGAUGUGUCAGACCCAUUUUCCGAGGAUGCGCCUGUACACCCAAAUGAUCAACUGCAAUUAAGCGAAGAGGAAUUAAAAGAAGAGAUAACGCGUGUACUAACAGCGGCUGAUCCACAUGGUCCUGAUAAUAUCGUUCGAUUUAACUUUAAGGAGAAUCAAUAUAAACAAAUUCCACGUGUUGAUCAAAUGGCUAUACACUUCCAACUAGAUGGAAAUAUAAUACAUGUGGAUUCAGAAGAGGCAAAAAUCCAAUUAGGCUUACUAGACCCUACCUUUAUUACUGAGGACAAGAUAGAUGAAGUUGAAGAAGAACAAGAGGGUUCGCAAGCACCUGCCUUAGUUCAGCGCUCUGCUGAACCGUCCGUCAUAAAGCUGGUCAACCAAUUUAAUUUUUGCGAACACGCGAGUCAAACGUACAACAAUGCCUCAAAGGACUUUGGUAACCAAACUGAACCACCAGCUAGAAGUAAUUUUUCUGGAAAUAUUACUCAGUGGGGUGUCUACGAUUUUUAUCAGUCGGGAACGGCCAACAAGGGAAUUUCGGCAGAUAUAAAACACUCAUUGGUACGGCCGAACAAAACCAAGUCUUUCAACAAACGGCAGACAUCCGAUUCAAGUGUUGACGGUCUCACAGCCUUUCUUAAGCCCAUUAAAAUUGUUGAAAGAAUGAUUAAUCAAAACACAUUUGAUGAUGUACUACAAGAUUUCGCUUUUUAUGAAGAUAUUUCCGAUGAAUUCCGAGAUUCUUUGGGAACUUUAUUGCCUUUGUGGAAAUUCACUUAUGAGAAGUCUAGAAAAAUGGUUGUAACUGCGCUCUGUUGGUCUAUACGUUAUAACGACUUAUUUGCUGUUGGACUUGGUUCUCAUGAUUUUUUGAAGCAAGGUGGUGGAAUGAUAUGCUUUUAUUCAAUUAAAAACCCUGGAUAUCCUGAAUAUACUUUUCGAACAGAAUCGGGUGUGCUCUGUCUUGAUAUACACCCCGAAUAUCACUCUUUGAUUUGCGUUGGUUUUUAUGAUGGUUCGGUUGGCGUGUACAAACUAAAUCAGGAAAAGGUCGGACCCCUUUACAUCAGCACGGCAUAUUCAAAUAAAAAUACUGAUCCCGUUUGGCAGGUCCGCUGGCUCCCUCACGAUGAACAACCAAAUAGAGUAUUUUACUCCAUCAGUUCAGAUGGUCGUGUUUCCAGUUGGAGCAUUCUUAAGGAUGAUAUCACGUGCUACGAUAUCCUACUUAUGCAGCUGCCAAAGGAAGCAAAUGAUGAUCCAGGGUCUCUGCAGGUGUCUUCGCAUGAGAGUGGGACAGCACUGGAGUUCCACAGAAAGGAUUCGCAAAUCUUCUUAAUCGCCACGGAGGAGGGGAUGAUUCAUAAAUGCAGCCGGACCUAUGGCUCGGAGUAUUUGUUGACCCUGAAGGCGCAUAAUAUGGCCGUGUACAGACUGAACUGGAACUACUUCCACGAUGAUAUCUUCAUCACUUGUUCGGCUGAUUGGACCGUCAAGAUAUGGCAUCAAUACAAAGAGGAUCCGCUGUUCGUCUUCGAUUUGGGCGCGCCCGUCGGGGAUGUCGCAUGGGCACCCUACUCGUCAACGGUUUUUGCUGCUGUCACCUCUGAUGGAAAUGUCCGCAUUUACGACCUCAACGUCAAUAAGUACGAACCCCUCUGUCUCCAAAUGGUCGCUCAGAAGAAGCACACCAAGUUGACUCAUGUGGCCUUCAACCCAGUCCAUCCCAUCAUCAUCUGCGGCGACGACAGAGGUCAAGUUAUGUCAUUGAAGCUCUCUCCGAAUCUGAGAAAGAAACCAAAGGAGAAGAAGGGUUUAGAAAAGCCUGACCCAAUAAAAGUAGAAAUCGAGAAGAUGGAAAAACUGCUAUCACUCCUCACUUGA